UCCCAUUCAGAUUUUUAAGUUCUUUUUAUAUAAUUAGGGUUUUCUAUUUUCCGCUCUGUCGAAUCUUCCAGACCCACCCAAAACCUAAUCCUCACCACUCCAGCCGACUCUCCUCCUCAGCUCAGCUCGCACAAAGCUUCACCGCCCAAUCGCCGAUCAGUUUAUCCGACCGCCGCUCCAUUUUGUUCAUUUUUUGUAUGCAAUGUUGGGUGCUGCUUUGCCAAUAUUUGAGAAGCUCUGGGACCUCAAUGGUGGACUUGCUUUAGCAAAAAUGAAGAAUUUCCUUGAGGGUUAUUGUACCCUGUCAUGAAGAAAUCAACACCAGUUCAAUGCUCAAUCGAUGUGGCCCGCAAGGUGUUGAUUCACGGGAAACUGGAGUGCUAAAAGACCUGCCUAAACUGGUAUAGGGUCGGUCUUGCUGCUUCCAGAUUUUUUCUUUCUACUGGCUCGAAAUCCUUGUCUUUCUCCAGUGGAUUUGUGAUUGUUUCGGUUUCACGGGUUGUAAAGGGGCUUCCACCCCCGUUCAUUGUUGCCUGUGCUUUGGCCCCCAAGAGAACAGAGAGAGCUUGUGCAACCAUUUAUAUGUUUCUCUUUGGAGUUGCACCUCUUGAAGACUAGGAGCAAACUGGGAGUGUCAGGAAACUUGAUGUUCUGAUCUAGCAUGUCAAACAAUCUUCUGUCACCACGGUUGCCAAUAUCAAGCAUGGAAAUGCCUCAGAUGGACCCCAUUUUGAAAGGUAUGGACUCAUCAAUACCAGAAUUUCAAAUGGCAGGGAUGAGUUCUGUAUCUAGUAACCCAGAGUCACAGAACCUUUCAGUAUCAAAUCAGCAAAUGGAACUGAUGCUGGAUCCUGUGCCUGACAAUCCUGGGUCACAUGGCUUAUCAAUGUCAUACUUCCAAAUGGGACACAUUGCUAAUGCGAAUGGGAAUCUUGGUUCACCGAAAAUUUCAACACCUAGCAAUCAACUGGGAGAGCUUGGAUCAUUGGCCAACGAUUCACAUCAGUUGUCAACAAUAAAGCGAAAGGCAACAUUGGAACCCAUGACUAAUAAUCCAGAGGCACCUCAGUUGUCAAUGCCAAACAAGCGUGUGGCAUAUAUGGAACAUAGACCAUGGCUGCAGCAAGGGCCUGUAUCAAACAGAAGAGCUGUAGAAAUGGGAUCUGUGCACAAUGCUCCAGGAUCACCUCGUUUGCCAGCUGCAAAUAAGAAAAUGGUAAAGCUGGAGUCCAUGGAGGCUGCGCAAAAUGUGCCAGGAUCUCCUCAUUCGCCAGUGCCGAAUAAGAAAAUGGUAAAGAUGGAAUCCUUUUCUGGUAGGUCUGGGUCUCAGCGGUCUUCUAGUCAAAAGAAUCAAACACCGCGGAUACAACCAACUCGAAAGCUUCAAAAUGAAUCAUUUGAGUCCGUAAGGUCCAAGAUGAGGGAAUCGUUAGCGGCUGCAUUGGAAUUGGUUAAUCAGCAGCAAGAUAAAUAUGUGGAUUCUAGAAAGAAGUCUCAGGGGGAGGCUGGAGCAAUUCAGGAGCAAACACAGGAAGCUCCCCAACCUGGCUCUCAUCCUUUUAAACCUGAAUCUGAAGAGCCUAAGGAGAAUUCUCCAUCCGCUGAAACUUGUUCUAUUAUGAAAACUAAUGAUGAAGGUGCAGGCCAAAGACAUUUGGCUGAUGCAACUACAAAUGUUUCCACAUUGACCUCAAUAUGCGAUGGGAAUGAAUUCCAGUCAAGUAAUAUUUUUCCUCAUGAAAAUGUUUCAUUUAGUGACAACUUGUUUGUCAAAGAUGAACUUUUGCAGGGAAAUGGGCUGUCCUGUUUGGAUUCUGAAAUGGAAAUGGAAGGAAGGAAGGAAAUUCAACCUGCUGAAGAAGAGAUGUUGGAUCUUGAGGAAAUGGGUGGACCCCCAGAAGAACAAGUAGUUCAGUCUCCAGAAGAGUUAGCCUUUAGAAUUGAAGCAGAACUAUUCAAACUAUUUGGAGGUGUGAAUAAGAAGUAUAAAGAGAAGGGAAGGUCCCUUUUGUUCAAUCUAAAAGAUCGUAAUAAUCCAGAACUAAGGGAGAGAGUUAUGUCUGGAGAAAUACCUCCAGAACGAUUAUGUUCAAUGACUGCAGAAGAACUUGCUUCAAAGGAGCUUUCUGAAUGGCGGAUGGCAAAGGCUGAAGAGCUAGCACAAAUGGUUGUUUUACCAGAUUCGGAAGUUGAUAUGAGACGUUUAGUGAAAAAAACACAUAAGGGUGAAGUUGAAGUUGAACAAUAUGAUAGUGCUUCAGUUGAUAUCCCACUGGAUGCAACAUCACAUAAUCAUAGUGAACCAAGAAGCAAGGAGACAGAAGUGUCUACCCCUUCAAAACCCAAUAAACCCAAGGACAAAGUGAAUGCUGCAGGUGAGAAGAGUAAUACUGAAGACAGAAGUGUCUACCCCUUUACCAUUCCUUCUACUGAAGCUACUGAUUUAAUGCAAGGCCUUAUGGUGGAUGAUGGAUUGAAGGAUCUUCCUCCAAUUGUCUCCCUAGAUGAGUUCAUGGAAUCCUUGGACACAGAACCACCAUUCGAGAUUCUCCCUGAGAAAGUUACACCCACCUCAGACAGGGAUGACUCCGAGACAGUCUCUGAAUCGAAGUCUUCAGUACCAAGUCCCAAAGAUACCGUUAACGCCUCUCCACAGAAGGUUGAUGAUAGUUGCACAACAGAUACAAAGUCAGAUGCUGACUUGAAAACUGGUGGCAACAGUCCUGAAAAAUCAGUAUCUAGACUAGUUGGCACACCGAAGGGUGAACGUGUUUGGAGUGGUUCCCUGCAACUGAAUCUUUCACCCAUGGCCUCUGUUAUCGGAAUCUAUAAAAGCGGUGAAAAAACCACAGCAAAAGAGUGGCCUGAUUGUCUUGAUAUCAAGGGAAGAGUCAGACUCGAUGCUUUUGAGAAGUUCCUGCAAGAGCUGCCACAAUCCCGAAGUCGUGCAGUCAUGGUCGUGCAUUUUGUUCCGGAUGAGGGGUCGUCGGAAACGGAAUGUGAAAGCAUUCGUGAGGUGGCUGAGUCGUACGUAACGGAUGAGAGAGUCGGUUUUUCUGAGCCGUGUUCGGGCGUGGAAAUUUAUUUUUGCCCUCCCCAUAAUAAAACCGUAGACAUGCUCAGCAAGAUUAUUGACAAGGGGCACGUUGAGGCACUUAACACUAUUGAUAAUGGCCUCCUCGGUGUUAUUGUCUGGAGAAAAUUAACUUCGCCGAAAUCCUCUCACCACAAACACAUUUCGAAAAAGCAACAGUUUUCUGCUACUACUACUACUACUACUACAUCUUCUAGGAGACAGCAGCACGAUACCAACUACACAUCUAAGCCGGCUCAGUCCCGGCCCUUACCUCCCACCCACACUACACCUGCACAGGAUGACAAUGACGACGACGACGAUGAUGUUCCUCCCGGGUUUGGCCCUGGUGCUUCUCGGGACGAAGAUGAUCUCCCUGAAUUCAAUUUCACUGGUGGGUCGAAUCAGUUUUCUGCCCAGAGGCCCUCAUCUAGGGGGCCUGGAAUGGCGGCGCCACCCUUGUACCCCAAGUCCCAUACCCCUUCUCGCCCUGUAGAUCAAAUGAGAGAGCUGAUACAAAAAUAUGGACAAAACAAUAGUGUUAGUAGUAGUAGUAAUACGUUUCAUCAGGCAAGUAGUGUUGCAGUUCAUCCGUGGAAUGACGAUGACGAUGACAUCCCGGAGUGGCAGCCUAAUGUACCUUCCCAACCCCAAACUCAGUACCAGCGUUUGCAACCGCGGCCGCCGCUGAACAGUUACCAGCAACAAAUGCCGGCAGCCCAUAUGAGUUUAGCAAACCAGCCGCAGUCUCUUCAACCGAUGGCACCCAACGUACAAAAUUCUAAUGUUCCUAUGCAGCAAGGCUGGUGGGCUCCGCCACCACCGGCGCAGAGAGCUGGUCAGUUUUAUGGCGAACCAGAUAGAGGAACGGCUGCUCAGCCGGGGAUAGCCUGGCGGCAAAAUGUUCCUAAAAGUAGAGGGUUUUGAUUUUAUUUUAUUCUUUCCCUUUGUUUUUUUUUCUGUGUUUUUGUAAAUUAAAUCGUUUCCUUAGUAGUGUCAGGGAUAUUUUUCCUUGUGUAAGCGUUUUCCAAACACAAACGUGAGCUUUAAGCUUUGCUAGUGUUGUUAGACAAAGUAACCAUAAACCAAAACUAGGCAUUUAGCUGCACAACAUUUUUUAAACAUUCAAGUUAUUCUUUCGUUUAA